AUGAAUGAGAAUAACGAUCUCGCGAAUAGUGCGGCGUCUCCUUCAGGUGGCUCGGGCUACACGCUGAAUCAUAUCGUCAGUCACGGCGGUGAUGAUAACCCUGCUCAAGUCCAAGACUAUCAAGCGUCAGAUGAACUGACUCGCAACGGACUGCGCGCUGAGGCAGCGUUCAAUACAACCACGGUCCAGCUGAUCAUCAAGGACUUCUGCGACUUGAGCGAGCGACUUGAGCAGAUCGGGGCCAUGGCUCCCAAACAGAGUGGCCUACAGUACUGGGUUCGCGACUCCGCCGACGGAAGGGGUAUUGUCGUUGCCGAGUGUGUCUGCCUCUUGAGGUAUGCGCCCGGAUACACCGUGCGCGUUCCGCGGGACGUGCGAUUAGCAUUCGAAGCCCUCAACACCCUCGAACUCGUAAAUCAAGCUAUGUAUCACAGCCUCUCGGGGUAUCUACAACACAUCGCAGCCCAACAGCCAGCGCAGGCUCUCCAAGCUUACCAACCACCACCACCGCGUAUUCUACUUAUACGCCAGAACCAGAUCGUUGUACCGCAAGGACCUAGAACAUCCGGCGUCCGUUCUAGUGGUUCCGCUGGUAUCCAUCGGUACGAGUGGCCAGAGUCUCGUAAACUUGCCUGGCUUUGCAUCACCCCACGUAUGGUUCUACCUGAGAAGGCUUUAGAAUCCUCAUACUGUUCCUUCAACAGCGUAGCGCUAUGGGAUCAUGUUGAUGUCCGACUGAUUGGACCCAACAUCGAGGUUACUCUUGUGGAGAUCGCAGCGGUAGGCUACUCAAUUUAUCCCCCAUGCGCGCAAAAUGAACUGACGAAGGAUGCAGUUCUUUCCUCGAGCAGCCUCAUGUUGGAGGGCUCUCUGGAAGCGCUUCGAGGCGAGCGGAUGGAAUCUUCAUAG